CAGCCCUCCGCUCACUCAGUGGUUCAGGCUGCGGGACCGUAGACUGUACACAAAGAGUGCGGGACUCAGUGCGGGGAUAAUGGUCCGGUGUGCGGUGCGGCUGCUCGGACUCGUGCCCGUGCUGGCGGUGCUGUGCCGGGCAGAGCUCGCUCCUCCCACCGUGAACAUCAGCCUGGAUGAAGAUCCAGAGGUGCGCUGGAAGCCUCUGCUCUCUGUGUUCGACAUAGACUUCCUGAAGGAAGCUGGAGCUCAGGUGAUCGACUCUACCAUUCCAAAAUGGGUGCAUCACGCGAUUGCCCCUGUGGUGUCGGCCUUGGAGAGGUACGUCCCUCAGCCUUACGCCGGAGAGAUCCGCGGCAUGGCCUCACACUUCGGGGGAAGUCUCUCAGACGUCAUCAUCCUCAACUUUGCCUAUGAAAUAUCCGCAUUUUGCACCAGCAUCAUCGCUCAGGACAAAAGUGGGAACAUUUACCACGGCAGGAAUCUCGACUAUCCACAUCCCAUUCUAAAGAAUCUGACCGUCAAUGUAGUUUUCCUUAAGAAUGGAGAGGUGAUGUACCGUGGAACAUCUUUUGCGGGUUAUGUCGGACUGUGGACGGGACAGAGUCCUAACAAGUUUACUGUCUCCGGUGAUCAGCGAGGCACUGAACACUUGUUGAACUGGUGGAAGAAUUUUGUAUCUGCUUUCCUCUUGGGGUGGUCCCCAGUCAGCUGGUUGGUAAGGGAGACACUGGAGGCAGCAGAGGACUUUCAAAAUGCAGUGAUGCUUCUUUCUAAAAUCCCCAUCAUCACUGGGGUGUACUACAUCGUGGGCGGGGUGCGAGCUAAGGAAGGUGUCGUCAUCACCAGAGAUCGGAUGGGCCCUGCUGAUAUCUGGCCCCUGGAUCCCCUAUAUGGGAGAUGGUUCAGAGUGGAGACAAACUUUGACCACUGGCUUCCUCCCCCGGCCAGGGAUCAUCGAAGAGAGGUCGCCAACAAAGCACUGAACGCUACUGGACAGGAUCACAUAAACCGGGAUACACUUUAUCAGGUUUUGUCCCUGUCUCCAGUGUGUAAUGGAAUUACCAUCUACACAACAACAAUGAGUGCAGCACAUCCUGAGGAGUACAGGUCACUCAUCAGGCUACAGAACUGUCGUGAGAUCGACUGAACUGGCUGCAAUCAACAGCACUGACUUUUUUUCUUUUCAACAUUUUAAUAUGCAGAUUAACGAUCAUGUGGAGAUUAUAUAGGUGAGAUUAGAAGGGAAUUUGACAAGUGCUUUAUGUGAUUUAUAUGCCAAGCUAAAUAAAGGUUUUAACACUGA